UUUUCGUUUCCUGUGAAUUUUUCAGUAUUCAGAAGCGCCGGAGAAGAAGAUGAAGCUGAAGCAAUUAGAAGGCUUGUUGGGUGAUCUUGAACAGUUCUCUAAUCCUAAAGUGGAAUUGGAGCAAUACCCAACUGGUCCGCACAUUGCUUCUCGUAUGCUUUUCACUGCAGAGAAUUCAUAUGGAGACAUUACUGAUAAGGUCGUUGCGGAUUUUGGAUGUGGCUGUGGUACUUUAAGUGCUGCUGCUGCUCUUCUAGAUGCAGCGUCUGUGAUUGGAUUCGAUAUCGACCCACAGUCUCUUGAGACAGCAACACUAAAUGCAGAGGAACUUGAGGUGGAGAUAGACUUCGUUCAGUGUGACAUUACAAAGUUAGAGUUAAAAGGCCAGAUUGUGAAUACUGUAGUAAUGAACCCUCCUUUUGGUACACGAAAGAAAGGAGCUGACAUGGAGUUUCUCUCUGCAGCAAUGAAGGUCGCCUCAGAUGCUGUUUAUUCUUUGCAUAAGACAUCUACUAGAGAACACAUUAAAAGGGCGGCUUUGCGUGAUUUCAAUGCGAAAAGUGCUGAAGUUCUUUGUGAGCUCCGGUAUGACUUGCCAAAGCUCUACAAGUUCCACAAGCGAAAAGAAGUCGAUAUUGCUGUAGAUCUCUGGCGUUUUGAGCCUAGACAGAACUAGACCGUCACGAUCAUGUUAUAUAAUUUAGUUGAACAAGAAAAGUCAAUGUAAGUUCUUGAAGACGUCACACAGAAUCAAAGAACGAGUAAUUGAAUACAAUGGUGGUCAUUUGGACUAAGUUGAAACUGAAGUUAUGUGAAACGAAUCACAUUUCAAUAAUUGCAAGUUUGAAAUUGAUAUAUUGGAUUUUAAAUUAAUUUUCGAUGUAAUAAGAUUCAUUGUUGUAAUAGUAUUACAAUAUUAAGUCGUUUUUAAUUAUUUAUAUUGUUGAUGUA